AUGACUACGAGACAAAACCUUGCACAUUGUUAUGUGAGGGCGAGAAAGUUCACAAGUUAUUCUCUGUUCUUGGUAAUAAUAAUAGCCUUCCUGUUAAGCUAUAAGGCUUCCGCACUUUAUUUCUACUUGGAGGGUACAGAACAAAAAUGUUUUAUCGAGGAACUACCAAAGGACACACUUGUAGUUGGGAGCUAUAAAGCUGAACAGUGGUCUGAGGAUCAAAAAGCUUUUCAUGAGAAUCCCGAAGUUGGAAUUCAGAUCACAGUCGAUGAAUUGGCCCAAUCUCAUACGAUAGUAAAUCAAAAAGGACCAAGUCAUGGCAGGUUCACAUUUACAGCAUCCGAGUCGGGAGACCACGCGAUUUGCUUUGCUGCGAAUACGAGUGCAUGGUUUAGUACUACCCAGACUAAAUUGACUUUAGAUAUGGCGAUUGGUGAAACAACUAGCGAAGAAGAGAAUGAUAAGGAACAUUUUAGCGAAUUAGCACAACGCGUACGUGAUCUAAACAAUCGAAUAGCCGAUAUUAAACGCGAGCAAAGUUAUCAACGGGAACGUGAGAUUGAAUUCCGAGAUCAAUCCGAACUGACCAAUUCACGCGUAGUUUCCUGGACGAUUGUCCAAUUGCUGGUGCUGGGACUAACCUGUCUAUGGCAAAUGCGUCAUUUGCGAAGUUUCUUUGAAGCAAAGAAACUCGUUUGA